UCACAAAUACACACAUACAUAAUGGAUAAACAGGAUAAUCUACCUCUGCCUGUUACACAACAGCAACAACAACAACAACAGCAACAGCAGAUUGCUACUAGUAGUAGUGCUACCAAUGUACCAAUAACUCAAUCAACUACCUCAACCUCGGCCUCAUCUACACCAGCACCAGCCUCAACAACGACAUCGACGUCGUCGCCAACUAUAGUAACAGAAACUUUGAUCAUUGGACCAUCCGCCACAAAGAAUGUUGGCGAUGGAAGUGAUGACGCCAAGAAGGAGGAAUCCAAGGAAGGCAAAACAAAUACUUCGACCACUACAACAACGACAUCAACAACGACAACAUCUACACCAGACGGAACUGGAUCCAAUCCAUUGUCACCAUCUUCAAUGCAACCUCAGAGUGCUGCGGUGCCUCCUGAUCCCGGGGUACUCAAACGAAAGGAGGAAGAGGAGAUGGCAGCAGCAGCCGCAACCGCAGCUGCAGUCGCAGCUGCAGAGCAGCUGGAGAAGCAAGCAGCAGCCAAUGCGGUGCCCGACACACAAGCGCCAAUGCCUCCGCCACUCCCUCAUCCUCAAUCACCCUCAAAGCAAACAAAGCCAGCUGAUGAUAACAACAACAAUAACAACAACACUGGGUCUUCAUCGACACAAUCUCAAUCCAAGUUCUCAUUCUUCAAGGCACUGGGCCUAAAGGGCAACACAUUGGAUGAGAAUGGCUUGUCGAAACUGCCACCACCAUCCAUCGAGGAUGGCCAUGUAUUCUUGCUCUACGGUGAUCUGACCAAGUUGGUAUGUGACGUCAAGAUGGUGCCAUGCGCACAGCACGUUCGCUACAGGUUCGGCCACUGCUCAUGGCUGAGCGAAGAGUGGAGCACAUUCCCCUUGGACGUCCGUAACACGGUCACACCAACCAUCCCACCCGACCUGUACCGCGCGAUGAAGUCUCGCGUCUACAAGGUCAAGGACUGGCCCACGCAAUACCCAAACAUCGCGCAGCCCUGGCUCACAACCGUGUCGCCACACUUCCGCAACAGCGAGAUUGACAGCGCCAAGUGGUUCGCGAGUGGCGCGCGCGACUUCUUCAACGAGGUAGGCAAGGACCUAAAGGAGUUCAAGCCGCCCAUCAAGAACGGCCGCUCCAAGUACCUGGUGGCGCUGCCCAUCUUGGGCACAGGUGGAGGUGGCGGCUCUAACAUUGCCGGUAUCAUCCUAUCGAUGCUUAUCCACGAGCUGUACGUGGCGUCGCGAGUGUGGAAGUACGAUGUGGUGCUGGUCACCAACGAGCUGUCAAUGUACACGGCGGCACGCAAUAAGCGUCGUGAACUGAUGAGUCAGGACAACAGCUACUCCUUCCUCUACAACAACCUAUUGGGCAAACAGAUGCUGGACAAGGCCAAUCACCUGUCAAAGAUGCUGGAGAGUGGCAAGUUGGCCAUCUUCUUGGGCGCAGGCUGCAGUCGCUCGGCUGGCCUGCCCACAUGGACCGGUCUGCUCAAGAUGCUAGGCGAGAAGCUGGGCAUGACACAGGAGGAGAUGAACUCGAUGGACCAACUACAUUACUUGGAUCGUGCAACAGUAUUGGAGAACAGAUGGAAGAAGAUACUCAAAAAGUACAGCCCCAGCGCCAAAGAGGACAAGCCUGGCGUGGAGGCUGGUGCCAUCGUGGGCGACAUUGAGCUCAAGUCCACCCGGAUCUUUGAGCUGCACCAGAACAUCUACAAGGAGAUCAAUGUGCCCAUGCAGGAGGAGAUCGCCAACUUGAUGAAGCUGUCGCACAGCGGCCUGCCGCACUUCUUGCUGGCAUCGACGCCAGCCACCGAGAUCAUCACCACCAACUAUGACAAGUGCUUUGAGAUCGCAUCAGAGUCGGUCAACAUACCAUGUGCCGUGCUGCCCUACGACCCCCUGCACGACAAUAAGAAGCGAUGGAUAUUGAAGCUGCAUGGAUGUGUGUCCAAGCCCGACGACAUUGUCAUCACGCGAGAGGACUACAUCAGAUAUGGAGACAAACGUGAAGCAUUGUCUGGCAUCCUACAAUCAUCAUUGAUCACCAAGCACAUAUUAUUCGUUGGCUUCAGUCUGGUCGAUGACAACUUCUUCCAAGUGAUGUCCGCCGUCAAAAGAAUGACCGUAAGUCAAUCACACGAUGCCAUUAACACCGUCCAAGAUACUAACAUGGAAUUAUCCCAAUCAAUCACAGUGAUGAAUGAGUUGUGGGGACAACAAAUAGAGUUCUUAUGCUUUGAUCCUAAUAAUACUGGAGACAUUGGAAAGUGUGCAAGGGUACAGGAGAUAUUCUUGGAGUAUUUGUCAUCGAUAGCAAUCAACAACACUGGACAUUUGAUGGAGAAGAGAUUCGACUGUCUACUCAAGGAGGGUGAGAGGAUGUUCCGUGACAGUUUGAUAACAUUCGUUGAUGGUCUACCCGAUGAAGCCAGAGACACCCAAGUGUUCAAGAAGUUCCAACAUUUCCUAGACGAAAUAGGAUAUUACUACAGUUCGCGUUACUAC